CUGCAGAACAGUCAAAGUGAGCACACUGAGAGGCUAAGCCUUCGGCUAUCGCAAUAUCAUCACAGAGCACAGCACAGUUUUGCCACUGUUGUUCCAUCUGAAACCUGUGUAAAGAAGAACCCAGGAAGUGAACCAAACUGGUGGAAAUAGGAACCUCUUGCCCAACACGAUGAAGUUACUCAUCACCAUCUCUGUAAUGCUGAGCGUUCUCGUCACAGACAUAGCAUCAUUUCACCACUGGAAGAAAGAUCGCAAGCUGGGAAGCAAAGCUAAAUAUGAACAUAAAGGUUGCACCUGUCUGAAUGGAGGAACCUGUGUCUCCUACUACCUCUUUUCUGGAAUGAGACGUUGCUUAUGCCCCAAAGGAUAUAGUGGAGACCACUGUGAAAUCGAUGCUGAAAGUCGCUGCUACACUGACAACGGGGAGGACUACAGAGGGACUUUGGCGGUGAAUGAGAAAGGUGAAAGGUGCCUGGAUUGGGACUCCCCUUCGCUGCAGAGAUGGCCUUAUCAUGAUGGCAUGGAGAAUGCCAUGAGACUUGGGUUAGGAAAGCACAACUUCUGCAGAAAUCCAGAUGGCCGAUCCAAACCGUGGUGUUACGUUAGGAAUGGUUAUCGAACCUCUUCAACAUCCUGCAAAAUCGACGUAUGCCAAAAAGAAGGCACUUGUGGCCAGAGGAGCUUCCGCAAGUACUUCAAGAUUGUGGGCGGUUAUAAAGCACCCAUCGAGUCUCAGCCUUGGAUAGCAACCCUCUACCACACCGAUAAGAGAGGAGGUAGUCAGUUUAUUUGUGGCGGUAGCCUCAUAGAUGCGUGUUGGGUCCUGACAGCAGCACACUGCUUCGGAAGCAGCACUCCUGACCUAUCCAAGCUGACUGUUAUUCUCGGGAAGUCUGAAUUAUACACUGAUGAUACGAAGGAGCAAAAAUUUAAUGUUGAUAGAGUUGUCAUUCAUGAGGACUACACACUUGAGAGAACUGAUUAUAAUAAUGAUAUUGCCCUAUUGAGGAUCCGAUCAUCUUCUGGCCAGUGUGCACAAGAGUCAGACACUGUGAAGACCAUCUGCUUGCCAUCGCAAGACUCGUUUCCAGACAAUUUCCAGUGUGAAGUUUCUGGCUAUGGAAGAGAAAACAAGACUGACAUUUACUUCGCAAGGAUCCUGAAAUCAACCAAUGUGAACCUGAUACCCCAGUCUUUGUGUAAGAAAUACUAUAAGGACAGGGUGACUGGCAACAUGUUCUGUGCUGGAGAUGAAACGUGGCAGACAGAUUCAUGCAAAGGAGAUUCCGGUGGUCCCCUGGUUUGUGCAAGCAGUGACAGGAUGGUGCUAUAUGGGAUCGUCAGCUGGGGUGAUGGCUGUGCUGACAAAGAGAAGCCUGGCGUCUACACGAGAGUCGCACAUUACCUUCGCUGGAUCGAAACCCACAUGAACGGCAUCCAUUUCAAAAGUUCCUACCUUCCUAAAUGAAGAUAUGGCAGCUUUCCAUAGAGCGUGGAGCUGAAGCAUGGAAACCGAGCCAAAGAACAUUGCAGUCCGUUGAAAUGCCAAGCCCUGUUUUGGAGUUGACGGUUCUUUGGUGGCUACCUUGGCUCGAAUUACCACCAGGUCAAUUCAUUAACAUUUGUGUCACUGUGUCCGAAGCGGAAACCAUCACUGAACAACACACAUUCUCCCAUGGUGGAGUGGGGAAGCUCUUCAAUGUUUAACAUUUAAAUAAGGAGUGUUUUAGCCAGCCAGUGUAAUAUACAUGUGGCCUUAUCUACAGGAGUCAGUAUUUCACUUUGUCAGUAGGUGCAGGGUUUUUUUUUUUUGGUAAGGUUUUUAAAUUGGCUACUAACGUAAUAUUAGUGCCAUCCAGAAAAACAACUCAGACUCAUUUAAUUGAAUGAGAUUUAAGGACAACUGUGCUGCCCUAUUGAUUCACUAUGUGCCCUUAGAUCUCUGUGGGGUGUAGUGUCAGGGUUUGUUUGUUUUUUGAA